AUGAGGCACAAGCGUAAGCAUUCGCGCAAUGACAUCGAUGGAGCUUUGGGUAAAUAUCAAGAAAUCGCUGCGACAGAACCGGACAUCCCAGAAUUGUGGAAUAAUAUUGGAUUGUGUUUCUUCAAAAAGAAGCAACAAAAAAUUAUUGCGGCAAUUUCUUCUCUACGUAAAUCCAUCUGGCUUUCUCCGCUGAAUUAUAAUGCUCUCUAUAAUUUGAGUUUGAUUUAUAUAACUGCGCAACAAUACGCCAGUGCCUUUCAUACGCUUGCAGCAGCCAUCAACUUGCGUAAGGACAGCGCCGAAUGCUAUAUGCUGCUCGGAAUUUGCUUGCGUAAGUUAGAGGAUGGCGAUAAUGCGUUUAAGGCAUUUCAGCGCUCUAACGAAAUUCAACUGCAACAACAAAAGGAUGCCGGACGUAAUCCACUUGUGCACUUAAACUAUGCCCUCUUCUGCUAUGAGACCGGUCGUAUUGCGCUUGCGACAGAGCAAUUUACACGUUUUGUUAGCUCGUCAAAGGAUCUUCUGUUACCGACGGAAUAUAAAUUCCAAGCGACCAAAUUGAAAUCGCUUCUGAAAAUUUCAACAAGUAAUAUGGUGACAUCAACACCACCAAAUGGUGAAGCUGCAAGUGACGUCAAUUGGCAACGAACUGAGGGAGGAAACAACGGCCAAAGCAACGUCCAGAGCGAAAGCAGCAUUGACGAUAUCUAUGGCAUUUAUGGCGUGAAACGUCAAGCAGCAGGGGACCGAAAAGUACUAAGCGAUACAAAAGAAAAAGCAUUGGUCACAGCUGCUGCCGCUGCUGCCGCUGCUGCCCUAACAAAUAAUGCAUCAACCGCUGCAACCAUUCCCACAGAAAUGCCGCUUGAGGUGAACGCUGUGGUCAAUGCCUGACGAUAUGAGUGACAUGCUGGCAGCGAACUUUUGCCCCAAUUGGCUGAAACUACUAUAGAAAAUCCCAGCAGAAGCACUACUUGUAGAAACAAUAACAACAACAACAAAGUCGACGAAAGUGAAAUUAAAAACAACACUCAAAAUAAAAGUGAAGAAAAUGCAGAAAAUUGCACAGAGGCAGAGUGGAAGG